AUUAGAUACAGUAUGAUUUUGGCUUAGUCGUCUGCUCGUCUAUGCAUCAUUGCAUUUUUCAGUUGUUUGCAUAUAUUCUGGCUCGCGUUGAGGACCUUUCACUUCUCCCUGCCAAAUUAGGUUGCACCUUGUAAUCCAACAAAGGUUAAAGCUGCAAUAAUAGCAUUGACUGAUGCCGGGUGUUUAUCUGCUCUAAAACAUCUGUACGUGAAUAGAGCAUUGCAAAUGUUGAUACUACUUAUCUGCCCUGGUUGCAAGGUGACAGAUGGCCUGAUCAAAAUAAACUGGCAGGAUGCUGAGAGAUAAGUUUGAAGGUUUAUGCAUCUCUGCCUCUUCCACAGCUGCGAUACAGCCACUCGUCCUCGCCUAAUGAUCAUGUCCACCUUUAUGACCUAAAAGAACACAGAAGUCUGGAACUCUUACUACUUACUAAUGUCAUACUUUAUUUACUAACGCUAUUUGAAGGAUAAAAACUAACUGGGGAAUCUUUAGUCAAUAAUAUUUGAUUAUUGUAUACUGAGGGUCCACUGAACGUUUAAAUGCUUGUUUCACAGGACAUGAAUGAGGACAAUAUGUCAAACACGGAAGUAAUUGAUAAUUGUUCCUUAUGAAACCUUGAACAAGCGCUUCCGAGCAGCUCAAAAGAAUAUAGACCGGGAGACCAGUCACGUGACGAUGGUGGUGGCGGAGCUAGAGAAAACGCUUAGUAGCUUUCCAGUGGUGGAUACCGUAGUAUCUCUCCUGGAUGGGGUGGUUGAGAAGCUCAGCGCCCUCAAGAGAAAGGCAGCUGAGUCCAUCCAAGCAGAAGACGAGAGCGCCAAAUUAUGCAAGCGGCGCAUAGAGCACCUGAAGGAACACAGCAGUGAUCAGCCAGCCAGCGUCAACGUUUGGAAGAAGAAGCGUAUGGACCGCAUGAUGGUGGAGCAUUUACUACGCUGCGGCUAUUACAACACCGCAGUCAAGCUAGCCAGACAAAGCGGGAUUGAGGAUUUGGUCAACAUAGAAAUGUUUCUUACUGCAAAAGAAGUUGAAGAAUCUCUCGAGCGUCAGGAAACGGCUACCUGUCUGGCUUGGUGCCACGAUAACAAGUCUCGCUUACGGAAAAUGAAAAGCUGUUUGGAGUUCAGUUUAAGGAUCCAGGAAUUUAUUGAACUUAUUCGACAAAACAAACGAAUGGACGCAGUAAGACAUGCACGCAAACACUUCAGCCAAGCAGAAGGAGGGCAGUUGGAUGAGGUACGGCAAGUGAUGGGCAUGCUGGCGUUUCCUUCAGACACGCACAUUUCACCGUAUAAGGAUCUUUUGGAUCCAGCUCGCUGGAAAAUGCUGAUCCAGCAGUUCAGAUAUGACAACUACAGAUUACACCAGCUGGGGAACAACUCCGUGUUUACCAUUACCCUGCAGGCAGGGCUGUCUGCCAUCAAAACCCCGCAGUGUUAUAAAGAGGAUGGCACUUCCAAAAACCCAGACUGCCCUGUCUGCAGUAAGUCGCUGAACAAAUUGGCUCAACCUCUUCCCAUGGCCCACUGUGCAAACUCAAGGCUGGUGUGCAAAAUCUCCGGUGAGGUCAUGAAUGAGAACAACCCACCCAUGAUGCUGCCUAACGGCUAUGUUUAUGGAUACAAUUCUCUCUUGUCCAUUCGUCAAGAUGACAAGGUGGUAUGCCCCAGGACCAAAGAGGUUUUCAACUUUUCCCAGGCUGAGAAGGUUUACAUCAUGUGAUGGGAGCUCCACAUAAGCUUUGGGACGUUAAGUUGUGGCGCCACUGUAGGCUGGGCGAAUCUCACAUUGACACCAUUUGUCAAAGGGCGUCCAAUCCUUCAGCCCUUGUUCCAUGCAAGUGAAUUUCAUCAACAGUAUGUCUUCGCCCUCAACCGGCCUACAAGACCUUCACUGAACUGAUGGUAGAAAAAUCACAAUGGAGUCGACCUGCGCUAAACGGACUGUUGUGAUGAGGGAUUUUUUUGUUGAUGUUUUUAAAAGGGUUGAUAGUUUGGCAUUUAUUUAACUGGUUUCUUUUCUGUAGUGUAAAACAAACCAACACGACUCCAUAUCAGUCUCAAAGGAGCUUCUGCCUUGUAGUGUGUUAACAAAAUGAAUUAUUCAUUGUUGGUUUUUUGAACAAGGGCACCCAUUUAGGUCAUUAUUUUUAGAUAGAUUGUGAGUAGGUAGUUGUAGAGAACACUCUGAUGCCUUGCUUUUGCACCUGUGAAAUCUGCGACAACAUGCAUUUAUGUUGAAGUUUUUUUUUUUUUUUUUUUUAAACUGACAUCCUCAGUUUGAGGCAACAUGUUAAAAGUUGUAGCAUUUAUAGCAAUACUGCUCUUUAUCCCAACUCUGUGGAUGUGCAGAUUUAGAAAAACAUGGAGGUGUUCUUUGGUGUCAGGCUGGUGUUAGUUACACUUAGUUUACACUUUAACAGUAAACACUAUACUGACUUAUUGUAGAUUUCUUAUAUCAUCAACAUUCAUCAAAUAAAACAUUCUGUGUAUGACCAAAGUCCUUUUUAGGACAAGUAUGCAAGACUGACUUUUGAUGGAUAUGCCUAAAUUUGGAGGAUUUUUUUAAACUAAUAGUAUAUUGUGUUAUAUAAAACAAUAUCAUAUGUUGUAAUUAAUAACUUCAUACUGCAUUUAGUGCUGUUUUGUGACUGAAGGUUUCAAUAGCAAACUUAAAGUAGUUUUUGUUGCUUUGGAUCUCAGGGUAGAUUCCAAUCUCACAGUUUUAUUACAUGGACUGGAGUUUUGUUUUUUGUCCUCCAUCAUUUAAAUUUGUAAUUAUCCAGCCUUGAUACCCUCAUUUUGUGAUGUAAAUGUCUUCUGUGAGUUUUGUUCUGCUGCAAAAUGGAUUAAUAUGGAUCUUUCAUAUAUAUAGGCUAGUUUUACAUUAUUAGAAUUUCCAAAUUCAUUGUAAGUAAUGUGUAUAGAGUUGUUUUGAGCACAAUUUUCAAAGCAGAAAACUGUUUAAAGUACGUUUUGAUAAUGUUCCCCAUGCACACAUCACUAGAAAGUCUCAGGUUUCACAGGAUCAACAGCAGGUAACCAAUGAGUGGGAUCUUUGAAAGGCCCUCUGGUCUUUUAGUUUCACUUUAAAGUACACAAACAUCCGUUCCUGUUGGAAAUGAUUCUCCAAGUAUGUGUUUAACUGUAAUUGUGGAAAGACUUGCUUAGAAACUGCGCAUGCAUGUGUAUUUUGGUAGGGUAGAUGGGUUGUUCAUGUCCAAUUGCCAAUAAAGAUUGAUUUGAUUA